UCGCUUGACAGACUCGACGUAUCGGGGCGUCAGCUGUUCGCCAGCCGCCAGGUGAAAAUUGGCGGGAAACCGGCACAAUUCGCGAUACCGGACCGGCAUCAUGGCACCGUGAAAAUCCUGACGGCAGGACGUGCACGCGUCCGCAGCAAGUUUUGGACGCCGAAACCGAUUCUCCGGUACGGCGAAUUCGUCCCGCGAGAUCGACCGCUACCCCGCGCUUUCUCUCCACCAUCGUGAUGACGACACGUGCCGCCAGCCUCGCUAAGAAGGAGGUGUCCGCUGGAUCCACGGGAUUGCGUCGCUCGCCAAGGAACUUGCCGCAGCAUUUGAAGGAGAAAUUGGAGCAACCAAAGUCCGAAAGAGAGCCCGACAUAAAAACUUUGCCUCCUAUUGUCUUCAAGGGACGCAUUCAAUAUGCUGAUGACUUCUUUAACUGUGCCCAGAUUUGCGACAAUCUUUUACAAGAAGUGACGCGCAACGAGAAGGAAAUUGUGCCGAUAGGUUUCGAUUUGGAGUGGCCAUUCAGCUUCCAAACUGGCAGUGGAAAAACGGCGCUGGUGCAAAUUUGUCUGGAGGACAGUGUGUGUUAUCUCUUGUAUGUCUAUUCGCUAAAGAAGCUCCCAGCAGCAUUCGUUGAACUCCUGUGUCACUCGAAAAUCAAACUCGUUGGUGUCAAUAUUAAAAACGAUGUAUGGAAGCUAGGGAGGGAUUUCAAAGAGUUUCCUGCUCAGAAAGUGGUAGAGAAUAAUUGUUUGGACUGCGGGACUUACGCUAAUCGUGUCUUGAACCGAUCUUGCCGUUGGAGUUUGGAAAGAUUAACUGCUUACUUGUUGAAGAAGAAAAUCAACAAGGAUCCCGAAGUGCGAAUGAGCAAGUGGCAUGUACAACCUCUCAGCAACGCCCAGAAAAAUUACGCAGCCACGGAUGCUUAUGUAUCCCUUCUGCUUUACACGACACUUGAGGCAAAGGCCGCCGCUGUAGAAAAAGAGAAUCAAAACAAUGAGAGCUCGCUGAAUCCUUCAAUCUAACGAAAAUUCUCG